CAGCUAUCAAAAUGGGAGGAAUAACAAGCAUUGCCAACUAUCUUGUUUCGAAUCCAUGGAUUGUUAUUGUUAUUUUCCUCCUAUACUGUUUCAUUUAUGCGCUGUCAGUAUUAUUUUCUGGUCCAAAACCAGGGAGAAACCCAUUCUCGGUUGCUCACGUCAGACCACCACCACCUCUGGUUACAGACCGCAAGUUGAGGAAGAAAGUCUUAAAACAGAAAUUCAGGCCAGAUUUAGUUCCAGAGAAUAUAGACGCAAUCAUUAUAGGCAGUGGUAUAGGUGGGCUGUCAACCGCCGUGCUCCUUGGCCGCGCUGGCUACAAGGUUUUAGUUUUAGAGCAACAUUCUCAGGCAGGGGGUUGUUGUCACACCUUUGUGGAUAAAGGUUUCGAGUUUGAUACAGGGAUACAUUAUGUGGGUAAGAUGAAUGCUCGAGACAUGACUCGUGUUCUGGUAGACCAGAUCACAGAGGGUCAAGUAGUGUGGGAACCCAUGGAUCAGGAGUUUGAUGCUGUUGCCAUUGGAAACCCCGAGAAAGCGAAGUGGUACACCAUGGCAUCAGGAUCAAAGGAAAUAUUUGCUGCACAUCUGGAGAAACAGUUCCCUACAGAGAAAGUGGCAAUAGCUAAAUUCAUGCAACUGUUACAUGACUCAGAUGGUGCAUAUUUGGGUGUAAUGAUCCCUAAAAUGGUACCACGAUGGGUUGCCCAAAUCGCAAUCAAGACAGGAAUUUACCAACUUGUGAUGAGGAAGUAUAUGAAACUUUGUAGACUGACAGUGAAAGAUGCCCUAGACGAACUCACUGAUAACGCAGAGUUCAAGGCUGUAGCUUCAUAUAUAUUUGGUGACCUUGGAGUUGUACCAAGUGAAUUGAGUGUAAUCAACUAUGCCUCUCUAAUCAACCAUUAUAUACCUGGUGCAUUUUAUCCAUAUGGUGGACCAAGUGAGAUAGCCUAUCAGAUAAUACCAAUCAUAGAGAAAUAUGGUGGGCAUGUUCUAACAGGUGCCACUGUCACACAGAUACUGAUGAAUGAUAACGGACGAGCUCAUGGUGUUCGAUUGACUGAAAAAGGUGACAGUUUUGAAGUGUUUGCUCGGAAGAUUAUUUCAGAUGCUGGCAUUAUAAACACAUACAAACAUUUGUUGCCUAAGGAAGUUGCUGUCAAAGCACCAUUGUACAGAUAUAUCCGGGAAGUGGGACCUAGCAUAUCGUAUGUUACAGUUUUUGCUGGCAUGAACGAGUCAAGUGCAGAAUUAGGACUGAAGAAACAAAAUACAUGGGCAUUUCUAAAUGUGGACUAUGAGAAAGAUUUGGAAGAUUUCAAGUCAAAGAGUAUGGAGGAGGUAGCUGAGAUGGAGUGUCCCAUCAUGUAUAUAUCCUGUCCCUCAGCAAAGGAUUCCUCCUAUGAUGAAAGAUUUCCAGGAAAGUCAGUCCUGUUGAUGAUCACAUUAUUGCCUUGGGAAUGGACAAAGAAAUGGCAGGAAGGACGAGUCAAACAUCGUGGUGAGGAGUAUAAUGCUAUAAAGAUGAAAUUAGGACAGCAGAUGUGGAGACAGGUUGAACAACUGUACCCAAAUGUUGAAGGAAAACUGGAGUACCUUGACGUUGGUACACCUCUGUCUAAUAAAUACUAUCUUGGUCAGCCAGAGGGUGAAAUGUAUGGCUUGGAACAUAACAUCAGGAGGUAUGAGCCAGAUAUUUCCAUGCAUUUGAGAGCAGAAUCUGGUAUUCCUGGCCUCUAUUUAUCAGGUCAGGACCUGAUAUCGGCAGGAUUUAGCGGUGCCUUGCAUGCUGGUCUGGUCACAGCAUCUUCUAUAUUACAUAGAAAUCUUCUAAAUGACCUCACUGCAGUUACCAAGGAAACAAGAAAACUGCUGAAACUGACAGUUGACAGAAGCAAGAAGUCUGACUAGGAAAAUAGGCAUUAAAAUUUGUAUACAAUCCUGUGCAUUAAAUAUCUGUGAUAUUUUAAUGUCUUGCCCUGUACUUUAACGUGUAGACAAAAAUCAUUACUGUAAUUCGGUUGUAAUUAAUUUGAUGCCACACGAUUGUUUUAAGUGUGUAAUGACUUAUCUAUUAGAGCUAUUCAUUAUAUAAACACUUGAUGUUCAUGACAUGUGCAAUUGAGUUUUAUUUAAAAAGAAUAUUUCAGGGUAUAACUUUUUAUUUGACAAAUUUUCUUACCAAUAUAGUUUUGCAUACUUGUAUACGUCUGAAGUGAAUACACGCACAUCACAGAGCUGUUUAUUCAAAGAAUUAACGGGAUCUGGUUUUCACUUGGUAAAAGAUAUUUUAGUGUUAGACAGAGACAUACAUGUAUGUGAUCUACAUAUAUUGGUGUGUGAAUCUUUCUUUUAUCAUUUAAAACUUUGAAUAUUUGUUUGACCAGUAAUUUCUCUGAAUAUUUGUUUGACCAGUAAUUUCUUUGAAUAUUUGUUUGACCAGUAACUUUGAAUAUUUGUUUGACCAGUAAUUUCUCUGAAUAUUUGUUUGACCAGUAAUUUCUUUGAAUAUUUGUUUGACCAGUAAUUUCUUUGAAUAUUUGUUUGACCAGUAAUUUCUCUGAAUAUUUGUUUGACCAGUAAUUUCUCUGAAUAUUUGUUUGGUCAGUAAUUUCUUUGA